CGGGCUUUGCCAUUCACAAUGAAGGCAGGUUCACAUAGAACAUGUGAGCCUCCAUGAACGGUGUAUGUGUGUAUAGCAUUUGACAUUUCGAUGAUGAAGCCAAAGCCUUGUUGUCAAAUUGUGUCAUUUUGAAAUCGUUUUUGUAGCGAGUGUGUUUUUGGUUUGUUUUCAUUUCUUUAGCGAAAAGUUUACUGGGAACGAGCGAAAUAUUGAAAAAUGUCCGACAAAGAAGAGCCGAGUGCAAGCAAACGAUCGCAUGAAUCGGACGAUAAGGCCGCUGAUGACGAUGAAUCCAAUGACAGUUGGAUUGGACCAUUGCCUACCGAUGCCGCUCCAGUGAAAAAACGCAAAGUUUUGGAAUAUGAAAAAUUGUACCUGGAAAAUCUGCCAGAUGCUGAAUGCUACGAGAAAAGUUACAUGCACCGAGAUGUUAUCACACAUGUUGUGGCCACUAAAACCGAUUUCUGCAUAACGGCCAGCAUCGAUGGACAUUUGAAAUUUUGGAAGAAAAUGGAAGACGGUAUCGAAUUUGUGAAGCAUUUCCGUAGCCAUUUGUCUCCAAUAAACGCUUUGGCGGUAAAUGCAAAUGGCACUUACUUAUGCACAGCAUCAGCUGAUAAAAGUGUGAAAAUAUUUGAUGUCAUCAAUUUCGACAUGAUUAAUAUGAUUAGGCUGGAUUUUGAGCCGAAAUGCGCGGAAUGGAUCCAUAAUCCAAACGAUGCCAUCUCGGCAUUGGCUGUGAGUGACGCUGAUUCACCAAAAAUAGCAAUCUAUCAUGCACAGGGAAACAACGAACCAUUACAUGUAUUAGAGAGAUUGCACACAAAACCCGUAACAACGAUGAAGUACAAUUUACGCUAUGAGGUCAUUGUAUCGGUUGAUCAAGCCGGCAUUCUGGAAUAUUGGACGGGAGCAAAAACUGACUACACAUUCCCGGCUAAAAUCGUUUCAUUUGAAUCGAAAUUGGAUACUGAUUUGUAUGAGUUUGCGAAGAAUAAGACUAUCGUGACGGGAUUAGCCUUUUCGCCCGAUGGCAAACGCUUUGCCACACUGUCAACCGAUCGAAAAGUGCGGGUGUUCACAUUUUUAACCGGCAAAUUGAUUCGCGUUUUCGACGAGACAUUGGCUCGGUACCAGGAGAUACAGCAAUCCAAACAUGCGUUGCCUAACAUGGAAUUUGGAAGAAAAAUGGCAACCGAACGUGAAUUGGAAAAAUCGGAAUCGCUUCAUUUGGCAAACAUCCAAUUCGAUUGCAGUGGUCACUUCAUUUUGUAUCCAACAAUGAUUGGCAUCAAACUGGUUAACAUUGAGACGAAUCGUUGCAUUAAAAUCAUUGGAAAAGGUGACAAUUUACGACCGUUGCAUGUUGGCCUCUUUCAAGGUCGAGCAAAGAAACCAAAGGCGGCUUUGUCAUUGGAACAAGAAGGAUCGGAGAAUCCGAUUUUAGCACAAACCAGCGCCGAUCCAACACUUUUUAUCACGGCAUUCAAAAAACCACGCUUUUACUUGUACAGCAGGCGAAUGCCAUCUGAUCUGCAGAAUGUUGACCGAGAUGUGUUUAAUGAGAAACCAUCAAAGGAAGACAUCAUCUCUGUGCCAGAGGGUCAAGGUUACCAAAAGCUAUACAAUUCGGCUACGAUACACACAACGCGCGGAGAUGUUCAUAUAAAAUUGUUUGGUGUCGAGUGUCCGAAAUCGGUGGAGAAUUUCUGUGUGCAUAGUAAGAAUGGAUAUUACAAUGGUCACAUUUUCCAUCGUGUGAUCAAGGGUUUCAUGGUGCAAACGGGCGAUCCAACGGGAACGGGUACUGGAGGCGAAUCAAUUUGGGGGGGUGAUUUCAAAGAUGAAUUUCAUCCAUCGCUGCGACACGAUCGACCGUACACGCUUUCGAUGGCAAAUGCCGGACCAAACACAAACGGCAGCCAGUUUUUCAUUACUGUUUUACCAACGCCCUGGUUGGACAACAAGCAUACGGUGUUCGGUCGAGUGACAAAGGGAAUGGAAGUGGUGCAGAAUAUUUGUAAUGUCAAAACGAAUCCAAAAACCGACAAACCAUACGAAGAUAUCAAGAUCAUAUCGAUAAAUCUUAGCUAAAAUGUCCAUUGUAUGAUCCAAAAUUGAACGAAAAAAAGGGAAAUAAAAAUGAAAAGCAAAUUGCAAAAUGUCCAUUAAAUUUCAAUCGAUUUUAUUUCGCGAAUUCCACCACUUAAUAACAAUGCAUAUUAUAAAUUGGCUUUUCGUCUCAAAUAGCGGAAAUCUUUGUAUUUUUAUUUGUAGAUUUUUGUAUGUGUGUGUGUGUUCUUUUUCGUGUUAAUAACAUAUGCGACCGACUCAAAAUAUAUAUGUUUCGACAGUGUUA